AUGCAACAAAAAGAAACGAGCAGGUAUGGCUACGACUAUGUAGAAAUUGACGUUAGGAAACAAGCAGGAACUCGGAAGGAACUCGGAAGGUGCUGGAGAGGAGAGCAGGAAGCGGGUAAUAGCAAUAUAAAUGAAGCACUCGCAAAGGACUCAUUUACUUGCGACCCAAACCUUGGAGACCCGACGACAGGAACUCGGGUUGUGGUUGCAGAGGCUCUCAGCCAUAACCCCAAGGAUGGCGCCAACGACGAUGCUCUCUCUCCGUCCGAUGGCACGCGACCUUCGACGACGAAGUUCGAAGAGUGGACGAAGACACAUCAACCCAUAUGA